AUAUCUUCUAUAGCGUCAGAGACGAGCAUCCGUCCAAAAAGGAAAACCUAAAAGCGUCAUCGUCACAGAUUUCACUUGUAACAUCUUAUUGGGAGCUCGGAACAUUGAAAUGAGCGACGUGCCUUGUUUACUUGCUUCUGAAGCCAUCGAAGAGCUCACUUUCAUAUGGUGAGGUAUAUUUUCCCGCGCUUUUCGUAAAAUGUAAAAAGCGUUGUUGCAUCACGGCCGUGACACUGAAGACUUCAGCAAGAGACCUUACUGUCAUCGCACGAGGUCGUCAUCAAAAGGACCAGGGUACAUCAACAGAUGGACGAGGUUUAUUUUGGCGCAAGUAGCGAGAACUAGGCAGGUUUAUUUUGGUACCCUGGUGGCACCAUUAGAGAUGCUAUUUUGCAGGAUAUAUAAUCAGUGUGUACAACUGGUGCCCUGUUAGGCGCUGUGCUGGCGUUAGCUGUGCCGAGGCCAUGUCCACCUACUAUGCGAAGAACCAACGGUGAGCCUUAUGCAUUAUUCUGCAAAACGUAGUCUGGGACGAGCUAAACGGAAAGUGUUACGAAAUGUCUCCGAGGUCCACAAUAGAUCCCUACCAUGAGCGCAAGCUCUUCUUAGUGUUUAUAUUGGUAUUCGCAAUAUAUGUUUCAGUAGCCGGUAAAAAGAAAAAAGUAAACACGAAAUGCCCAGCCCUAACACGCUGCUCCUGUUCGCAAUUGAUAUACGGGGCCAGAGUCGAAUGUAAGGUCAGUUUCGUAGAUGAUGAAUUUAAUGCGGACAUGGAAAAGCUACAGGGAGUCUACAUGAGAAAACUGAACUUGAACAACCUCAAUAUCACCGAGCUGCCGGCAUCCUGGUUUACCAAGCGCGUUAUUUUCUCGCUACGCAUUACUAAUUGUAGUCUGCGCGACAUCGGGCAAGCGGCCGCACGUCACAUGACGAGGUUGUUUUCUAUGCGACUGAACGGAAAUGAACUGCAAAGUGUUCCUCUUGGUUUGACCGCUGCAAGGAGUCUUCAAACACUCACCGUUCAAAAGAAUCCCAUCAAGCAUCUUCAAGGAAUGCUCACUUUUCCAGAACUAUUCUAUCUGGAUCUCAGCCGCAACGAAAUAGAGACAAUCGACGAGGAUUAUCUGUCCGGUUUACCGAAGCUCCGAUAUCUGAUCUUGACGCGCAAUAAUAUAAAGAUAUUGCCAAACCUUUUCAAGAAAACAAAAUUGCUGAAAGAAGUGAAACUUCAUGCCAACCGCAUUUCUUCUAUAGAAGUGUUCAAUGACCUGCCCAAAUUAGAGGUUCUCAUUCUCACCCAGAACAAGAUCAAUGAUACAGAACGCAUAGCAAGAUCUACGUUGCCAAAUUUGAAGGAAGUCGCGCUUGGGCAGAACUUGAUCAAUGUCAUUACCAAGUUCUCAUCUCGGAAUUCGAGAAUUCAACGUGUCACCUUCAGCGAUAACGUCGUGACUGAUAUAAUGCCUGGAGCUUUCAAGCUACUGCACAAGUUGACCAAGCUAUACCUAAACAAUAAUAGAAUUUCAUACCUUAACGACUCUUAUUUUGCUCCUGAUUCUAUUCUCGAACACAUAGACUUGUCUAUGAAUAGGCUAACGACACUUUCAAACGUAUUCAAUACGACGCGAAGGAUUAGAGUAAUGAAACUAUCGUUCAACCAGAUACUGAGCAUCAGCGUUGCCUUCAGCGGCUUGACAGAGCUCCGCGAACUUCUUUUGAACCACAAUUUAAUAUCUAGCAUUGCGGAUCGCACUUUUCAAGACAACAUUCAACUAGUGCACAUCGACUUGGCUUCAAACAAUAUCAGCUGGAUUGCAAGGAACGCAUUUGAGGGCCUUUUGUUUUUAAGAAAAUUGCGCCUGGACAGAAACCUGCUGUUUUCUCUCAACGGUUCAGUAAGAAAUCUGCCCAAGUUGCAAUUUCUGGGGGCGUCCUUCAAUGAGAUACUGAGCUUGGAAAGAGGCGAGUUUGGAAACACCGGUGAUUUGACGGCCAUUGAUCUCAAGGCAAACAACAUCACCAACGUGGAACGGGCUUUCAUCGGUGCCACCGGCCUGCUGUCCUUGAACCUAGACGAUAACCAAGUGGAGCUCCUCCGAAGAAGUGACUUCGCGCACGAAAUCUCGGCAGCUGCAGCGGUGACCAUUGAUAACAACCCUUUGACCUGCGACUGCAGAAUGGCUUGGCUUAUGAAGGCGGACAGUAAGAUUCGGACCACAGGAAUUCCAAUGUGCGUGAAACCAUGGUGGCUAAAAGGAAAAUAUCUGCGCGAAUUAGCGCAGGAAGAUUUCUUCAGGUGGGAAGAUGAGUGCGAGCCUGGAUGUCGUUGCGAGUGCUAUGAAGUAUCUCUCGGAGGGCGAGAAAUUCAUGCGAACUGCUCGUCGGCGACUGUCGGCUGGAUUCCGAAGCUGUUGCCGCAAGGCACCACACGACUGGACCUCAGCGGAAACCAACUGCGACACUUGGAUGACACUGUCAAAAAAACAGCUCCUCAUCUCGAAGUGCUAUUGCUGAAAGACAAUGCUUUGUCGAGUGUAAACGUGACCUCCAUUCCAGAUGAAGUACAUUCCCUCGACUUACGCGGCAACAAUCUGCAACAUUUACCGUACUCGCUGGUCACACAACUAAACCUUACUUCUAUCUGGCUGUCUGGCAACCGCUACGCCUGCGAGUGCGUGGACUACAGCUUUAGACAGUGGAUUCAAGCUCAUGGCGAUGUGGUUCGGGAUGCCAGAAAUAUACUUUGUGCAAGAAGCUCCAACCUUCUCGUGUCACAAAAACAAUUCGUCACAUUGGGGCAAAAUGACCUCUGCCCGGCCGCGAUACCAAGACGAGUGGCCUACCUCCUGCUGGCUUUCGGUCUCCUGGCGAUCCUACUGGUGCUGUCGGCUGCUUAUCUGCGCUACAAACAGGUGCUGAAGAUAUGGCUACAUGGUCACGGCGUGUGGGGUUUGGCGUGGUGCAUCGCAGAGGAAGAGCUGGACACGGAGAAGCUCUUUGAUGUGUUCGUGUCGUUCAGCAGCAAAGACGCAGACUGGAUACACGAGCAAAUCAUUCCGGGACUGGAGGCCAAUGGCUUCUCCUACUGCACUUACGAGCGCAACUUCAAGGGCGGAUACCUUCUGCAGGACAUCAUUCGCGAUGCUGUGACCUGCUCACGGCGAACACUUCUUGUUCUCACACAGCGUGCGGCCUCUUUCACAGGAACUUCGUCGGCGAGUGAGUGGUGCCGCUUGGAGUUCCGGUUGGCACACCAGCGGGCUCUUAACGACAACGUCAAUCGGCUUGUAAUUGUCCUUGUCGAUGAGCUGGUGCCUGGUGCCCUCGAUGAAGACUUGCGGCUAUACGUGCAUGCAGCGAACUACCUGCGUUGGGGUGAGCCAAACUUCUGGGGCAAGCUGCUACACUCACUGCCCACGAAAGAAGCCAAAAGAAAGCUCAUCAUCCAGGGAAUGCCAUCGCAGCUAACCGCAAACGACACUCGCGACAUGGAGCUUGAAUAGCUUUCUAGAUGCCACUAUAGCAUUAAUUUAGGAACGAGGAUAGAAGGAAGACUGAACAUAUAGAAUGUGAUGCAGCGUCAUUUUCAUCGCGAGUAUUCAUCAGCCGUAAUCAUAAACCCGGCAAACCUGCAUGUGACGCGAGCAACGAACGACACACGUCCUCUCGUUCUGGAUCCCAGUCGGCACAGCCGCCGCCAGGCUCUCCGCCUUCGCCCUCCUUCUGAAAGAAAUGUAAGGGUGAUGGCACGUCUCGUCGGCCGCCAUCACGUAUUCCUAGAUUGGUGACCCGGGAGAAGGCACCGUUCGCUCAGCGCCCAGCUGAUAUGACUGUUCUGCAGUUCUACCCGCAAAUUACACUGGCUUGGACAAGAGAACGGUUCUCCCAGCUCGACGUCAUCGUGGAGCUGAAUGGCGUCACGCAGAAACGGUGAAGCGCUUCAUCUUUGUUAACGCCCUGGCGUCUCAAGUUCAUUCCUUUUUCCUCACUUCCACCAGCCUAUGGCCAUACAACAAUCUGCGCUAUGUGGUGCUGGCGUCGUAUACGCUACAUGCCGCUACAUGCCGCUUCCAGAGCUCGAUCACGCUUUAGCAUAUCUGUCUCCAUCAUCUUUUUUUGGCGUAAAGGGCCUUCUUCUUCAUCAACGUGGCCUCCAGACCAUGCCCCAGCUAAUAGCUCUGCUCUGCUCGGCGAUCAGUCUGGCUGCUAGACUCGGUGCAACGUGUGACCAUGUUUCCAGCGUCAUCGUGACUUCCCAACAAACAGCACCACGUUCUCCUGCGACGCACACAUUGGUUCGUCCAGUGCUUCGUCUCGGCCGCUCCCAGCCGUGCUUCUGCCGGCAAACCACCCAUCGUCCAAAUUACCACUGGACUUUGCGCCACCGACUACGCUUGCGCUGGUACCGUCGACGCAACCCACGCGUCGCCCUUCCAGCGGUACUACUGUCAGGUUCCACUCCAUCCAAAAGAAGGCUGUGCCCGAGAGUAUAGUACUGUCAUGCGCGAAGCCACAUGUUGGCAUCGAUUGUGUCCGUGUUUGUGCGACUUCGUGUUUGUGCACUUCAGACCAAAUGGUGUCGGCUUCGGCCGUUCAUACCCAGAGCCUGCCUUCGUAAUGGCCCUCAUCCACUACGUGGCUUUCACAGCCAUCCACCUGAGUUUUCAGAACGUUAACCACCGCCAACACUUUGACGAUUUGGACUGAUACGGGACCUUGUGUAUACCCUAAAUCACUUUUACUUAGACUUCAUCUCUCUGGGAAUGAAGCCAUAUGUAGCACUGCUUUAUCUCCAGAGCUCAUCCGCCAUAAUCACUAGCGCUGCGCAUCCGCCGGGGUGGCGUAGCGGCUUCGGUGUUCUGGCUACUAAGCCCCAGGGUGCGUGAUCAAACGUUAGCUGCGGCGGCCGCAUUUCGAUGGGGGCGAAAUGCAAAAACGCCCGUGUACAAUGCAUAGGGUGGUGUUAAAGGCCCCAGGUUACGGCGUACCUACGGGCACUACGGCGUGCCUCAUUAUCACAUUGUAGUUUUUGCACGCCAAGCCCCAGAAUUAUUAUUCAUCGGUGCCACACAUCUGCAUGUGGCGCGAGCCCCGAGACACGCGCUCUCGUUCUGGAUUGGGCUGGUCGCCGCAGCCGCCGCUGCGCUCUCCGCCUUCGCACUUCUUCCGUAAUAGAUGUAGGGACUGGCGGCACGACUCGUCGGCAACCGUCGAUGGCAGGCGGCACCGCAGACUCAGUUCCGGCUACUGCGCCGCUUGCCAGCGCGUCUGUCUACAACACCUUGUCGCCUGGCGUUCGCUCUGUGAUCGGCGCACCACCACAUCUGUCCGCGAGGUCUGGAGAGCCAGCCUCCGAGCCUGCGUAAUGCCGCGCCAGUUCAUCGGCCCCACCUACAUGUCUGCCAUGUGAUCAGCGACCAUUAUGUAGUCCAGGUAGUCAGGCGAAGCUUGUAUUGCCUCACAAGCGGCGGUGGUGUCACGCUAAAACGCUGUCGAAAACCAGUCAAAAACUCGCGUCUCGUUCACUUGCUAUAUACCAAAAUGGGCAUGGAAAGCUCCGAAUCUAUGACUAACAUGAGCGAUAGGUCAGGACUGCAAUAACAUCGCAUGUUCGUCAGUUACGCCACGAUUAACGAUAAUAGAAUCACGAGUGGUGCAUACUCGCAUUGGCUAUGCGGGUAUGAGCCAGAGACAAGAAAGAAAGAACGAAAGAAGGAAGGAAAGAAAGGAAGAAAAAAUGAAUAAAGAAAGAGAGAAGCAAAAAAAGAAAUGCCGUGUGGCACAUACUCGCAUUGGAUAUGCGGGUAAUGCGGCACUGCAUAACGGUCGGUGAUAGUAUGGCAGACAUGUUGGCGGGGCCGAUGAAAUGUCGCAUGGCGCAGGCUCGGAGGCGGGCUCACCAGACUUCGCGGACAGAUCUGGUGUAGGCAAAAUCGCCGGGUGAACGUUAGGCGACAAGGUUUUGGAUACAGACGCACUGGUAAGCCGCGCAGGAGCCGGCACUGGGACUGCGAUGUCACCGCCGCUGUGGGCCGUCGAUGGUUGCCGACAAGGCGUGGCGCCGUACCCGCAUUGGAUAAGCGGGUAUGAGCCAUGAACAAUAAAGAAAGAAACAGAGAAGGAGAGAAAGAAAACUGCUCUCAGAGUAGAGCCGGUGCAUGGAAAGCACCUUUUUGCCUAAUAAGGCUAAGCAGGGCCGAGGUGAACUACUUUAGGUGCAGAAUUAAGUCGACAGACACUCAAGUGUGCUGUGUCUGUAAAGUUUGUCAGAUACGUACAUACACAUUUCAGUGUGAUUUGAUCAAUAAACUGGAACCAAAGUUUUCAGAUUAUUUUCCCUGUCAUAAUAAAUAGCCACAAGGCACAAUAGUACAAGCGUUCUUAUAUUGUCCCGAAAACACGUUGAAAUUUGAGUUUCUCGCUGUGUUAUUUGAAUUUCACUACACUUUGAGAUUUUGCCGACUAAUGUUUCCUUAGUUGCUUGGUAAUUUCCAGUAUGAUUUGGUAAUUCAACUUUUUAGUUUGCAACAACAAACCACUAUCAAUUACUUACGAAAUAGAUGCGUCUUCUUUGCCUGUAUGUUCUGUCAGCAUAAAGCUUUUUGUCACCAUCUAAGAUUCCAAUUGUGACAUCAUUUGUGUGAUGUGUGCACAGAGGACUCUUAUUUGCUUUUUUUUAAUGGAAUGCUCAUGCACAUGUGCUGUGGUGCGAUUCGUCGUGGCUGUUGUCGCGCCUCGAACAAUGUCAAGUCGCCGUUUGUGGCGUUUCGUUGUGAUGCUGCAGUGCAGGUGUUGUCGCGUGAAUAAAUAAACUUCCAUUUUUUCUCAGCAAAAUAUUGCUGGUUAUUAAGGCCCAAGGCCUCAG